AUGUCGGAAUCGUCGACGCGCCGCAGUGGCACCAAGGAGGACCCGCAAAAACAGUCCCGCCGCCGAAUCUCGCACAUCUCCAAGGCCUGUAAUGGAUGUCGUAGAAGAAAAAUGAAGUGCGAUGGCGCACAACCAUCUUGUGCCAUCUGCAAAGUCUACAAGGAGGAGUGUGUAUACAACCCCGAGGCGGAUGGCCGCCGCUCGACGCCGAAAGCGUACGUCUCGGCGCUCGAAGAGCGAGUGCGAGUUCUUGAAGGCAUGCUCUCGAACGCCGGCCUCGAGGCCGGCGCGGGCGAUGCUAAGCCCGAGCCGCCAGAGAACGAGACUAUGCCAGAGACAGCGGGCCUUGACCGUUUAAAGAUUGAUGAGACGACCGGCGAGCUGUUCGAGUAUGGUCCGACAUCGCUGUUCAAGCACGUGCCCGAGGGAAGCGACGAUGCGUCGCCCGCAACGACACUCCACCCGUCUCCGAUGGGCGUGCCACCCGCUGUCGGGGCGGAGCGGCCUGCACUCUUGCGGCCUCGCGAGGUUAUGAUCGCGGAGCUCAACUGCCCGGAGCUCGACGACGCGACGCACGAGAAGGUCCUGCGCCUCUUCUUCGACUACUUCAACCCACAGAGCUUCUGGGUCGACGAGCGCAAGUUCCGACGCGACAUGGCAUCCUCACCUGUCGUCGAAGGGUCGAUCAUCCGGGCACGCCGCACAGCGCACUACUCGCCUCUGCUGCACAACGUUGUGCUCGCGCUGGGCGUUGCAUUCCUCGAGAUCCCAGUCGAGGUACGCGAGCAGUUAGGUAUCGCUUUCAGCAAGCGCGCCAAGGAUCUGCUUGAGGAGGAGGCGGAGACCGCGAUGCUCUCGACUGUCUCCGGCGUGUUGCUCCUCGGGAGCUACCACGCUUCUGUCGCACGCCACAACCUCGGCUUUAUGUACUCGGGCAUCGGGUUGCGGCUCGUGCAGGCCCUCGGCCUCGGGACCAACUGCAACUACUGGGUCACGAACGGUUCGAUCACCGAGGAAACUAAGCAGUCGCGCUACAACAUGUGGUACUGCGCCUACAUCCUCGACAAGUGCUGGUCUACGUACGUCGGUCGUUCCGCCGCACUCCCUCUCGCCCAGCACGACAUCCCCGUCCCGGCGCCUGAUGCGGAGGAGGACGAGCUCAUCUGGCACCCAAUCAUCCACACGCCGCGUUCCGAGACGUUCGACCCCAAGGUCGGGCAGGACGCGCUCGACCUGUCGGACGCGAUUGCGACGGCCAACGCGGACCCUGUGAAGGGCUGGCGUUCAACGACGUUCGUGUGGAUGAUCAAGCUCAGCAUUGUCGCCGAGCGUGUGCUCAGCACCGUCUACUCGAUCAACUUCAACAUCCGCUCGAGCAACGUGAGGCACGUCGUGUCAGAACUUGACGUCUUGUUAGAGAAAUGGCUCGACUCGAUUCCCGACGAACUCCGUCUGCCGACGGCCGGGCGCAGCGAGCGCAUCGUUCCGGGCCACAUCCUGAGCCUUCACGCGUUCCACUGCUUCAUCCUUAUCCUUCUCCACCGACCGUGGUUCGCAAACUGCGCGCCGACCACCCUCGACUCGGGCCCAGACGGCUCCGUGGCCAAGUGCGAACGCGCGGCGGCCAAGUUCAUGACGAUCUUACAGACGUGGCGCCGCUGCCCGGGACUGCGGUACUCGCCCGUCACUCUGGGCCAGGUCGCCUUUUCGGCUGGCACCGUGCACUUGUUGUCUGCGAGCCACUGUGCGUCCAAGCAGAGCCGCAAGUUCAAGGCGUGUAUCGAGAACGUGCAGACUUGCAUCGCCGCGCUGCGUGAGAUGGGCGAGACGCUCAAAUGUGCCGCCGUGAGCGCCGACACGCUCCAGAAACUUCUUGACGAGAGCUACGCGCCUGUACUUCCCAAGCCCGCGCCAGCCCCCGCGGCCCCUCCCAGCGCGGGCUUCGACAUUGCCGCGAUGCUCCAGAAUCCGGCGUUUUCCGACCAGCUGAAGCAGUUGGGCUGGGCGCCGCCCACUGCCGGUGGGUCGGGCACUGGCCCCGCGCUGAGCACGGGCACGGGGGGAAGCUCGGCAUCGACGCCUUCGGCAACCAUGAGCGGCGCCAACGCCAACGGAAACGCCAUCGACUGGAGCUUGUUCGGCCAGCUCCAUCCGCUGAACAACAUGCCGAUGAAUCCCGCAAACCAGGGCGCUGGAGAACAGGGACAGAACAUCUACGACGUGCUGUACGCCGGCGCAUCAGAAACUCCCUUCCCUGCUGGCAAUGUUUGGGCGUGGACUGGCUUUGGGCCCUCCACUUAA